AUGUCAGAAGACAUGAAUUUAUCUGUAAAUGGUCAGUCCAAGGUGCCUCCAGGAUUCCGUUUUCAUCCUACUGAGGAGGAGCUUCUGCAAUACUACUUGAGGAAGAAAGUAGCUCACCAAAAGAUUGAUCUUGAUGUUAUUCAUGAUGUCGAUCUUAACAAGCUCGAGCCAUGGGAUAUUCAAGAGAAGUGUAAAAUAGGAUCUACGCCGCAGAAUGAUUGGUAUUUCUUUAGCCACAAGGACAAAAAAUACCCUACGGGGACUCGAACAAAUCGUGCAACUGCUGCCGGAUUCUGGAAGGCUACUGGUCGUGAUAAAGUUAUACAAAGUAGUUUCCAAAGAAUUGGAAUGAGAAAGACACUGGUAUUCUAUAAAGGACGAGCUCCGCAUGGACAGAAAUCAGAUUGGAUUAUGCAUGAGUAUCGGCUCGAGGACGAAACUCAUGACCCCAACGCAUGUAAUCUAGUGGUGGAUGUGUCACCUGAAGACGGUUGGGUGGUUUGCCGAGUUUUCAAAAAGAAAAAUUACCACAAAGCUUUAGAGAGUAAUUCAUCCUCUUCAAUCUACUCAAGUAGUGUUCCACUACACAACUCGAAUAAUGAUGGCAUUCUUGAUCAGAUAAUUAUGCACAUGCGACAAUCGUGCAAGAAAGAACACGAACUGAUGAUAAACAACAGCAAUGUCAACAACAACGAUGAAGAAGACGAUGAGAUGCAAUUAGUCAAUCAUAUCAAAACAACAAUCAACGACGGAUUUCAUUCUGGUUUUCUACAUCUGCACAGAUUGGAUAAUCCAACAAUUCCAUUACUUCCCAGAAUUGAAUCACCCUUCAGUACUGAUCAAGAUUGUAGCAGUUUCAAAGCAGCUUGUGAACAAGAUAUGGGCUAUAUGCUAACAGACAUUCAAACUUCUUGCACCAACCAAAAUGAUAAUUCUGUUGAUGAUCUAAAAACUGGGCCUACCGACUGGGCAGAGCUCGACCGCCUGGUGGCCUCUCAGCUCAAUGGACAGGCUGAAUCAUCGAAGCAACUCUCGUGUUAUGGUGAUCCCAACGACAACUUCUGCUUUUCUCUCGAGGAUCACGAGUUACAAUUAACAAGACCAAAUCAAGGCUCCGACGCCGACACGAACUUUUGGACCUUUGCUCGAUCUCCUUCGUCAUCAUCGUCUAACCCGUUAUGCCACUUGUCAGGGUAG